UUAUUCAGUUAUCAUAACCUCAAUAACGUUGAAGGUGAUGCAUAGUUUGAUAUAAAAAAUGUUUUAGCACACAACAAAUACAUACUUACACCAAAACUUUCUGCGAAUUCAAAGUUAUACAUUAUUUCAGAAAAACCACUUAACGAUAGUUUUGCUUGUUCGUCCCAUCGAAAGCUACCAACCUUGAUAAACAUGCAACCAAUCACACCGAAGGAGAAGGUGCUUGAAGAUGGUGCGCAAACAUAUAUUCGACGCACAAUAACAAAAUCCGUCAUUUUGCGAAGUCAUGUGACCAUUAUUCAAGUAUGCGCGGGAUUACAAUUUGUGGCUGGUGUAUUUGUACAAACUGCUUUUAUUAGCAAUACUAUUCUUGGAUAUAUUACGUCACCGUUUGGAAUAGUCUCCAUUGCUACAGGCAUCAUUGGAUUAGUGCUGUCAUUUCGUAUGCAUUUAACUUGUUUGAAUACAACUUUUAUGGGAUUCUCCAUAGCAACAGCAAUUUACGCAUUACCAAUGAUCGCGCUGAUGCUUCCGAUUGGUAGCUUUUUUACCGCCGUUGGUGUAGCCGGUAUAGUUAUCUUUGUAUCGUCGGUAAUCACAAGCGUGUUAUGUUGCCUGACAAAUGUUUGCUGUCGAUGCUCAAAAAAAACAACUACAGUUCAGAUGUUAAAUACUGCUACUGACCAAACAAGUAUCAACACGCAACUACCACAAUCAUAUUUCUCCAUCUCCAUAAACAAUAGCGAUGUCGAACCACCUCCACCAUAUGUGGAAUGAAAGCGCCAACAACUGCAUUGAUAUUAGACAAAGAAGAGCUGCUUUAUAGUGGUGCAUGCGCUAAAAGUAGAACCACACAUAUAGACUUUAUGUUUUUGUCAUAUAGUUUAACAAACUUGACAUUAUUAAACCCUCUGAUGUAAACCUUUGAUUUAGAGUUAGGGUUACACGAGGCAAAAAAUUGGUUGCUUUGAUUA